AUGACAGACACUAGACGAAGAGUAAAGCUUUACGCUCUGAAUGCUGACCGGCAGUGGGAUGACCGAGGAACGGGGCACGUUUCAUCAUGUUUUGUAGAGAGAUUAAAAGGUACAUCAUUAUUAGUAAGGGCAGAGUCGGAUGGAACUCUCUUGUUGGAAAGCAAAAUACAACCUGACACAGCCUAUCAGAAACAACAAGAUACAUUGAUAGUUUGGUCUGAAGGAGACAACUUUGACUUAGCUUUAAGUUUUCAAGAAAAAGCUGGCUGCGAUGAAAUUUGGGAGAAAAUAUGUCAGGUACAAGGUAAGGACCCUUCUGUUGAGAUAACCCAAGACAUAGUGGAAGAAUCUGAAGAUGAACGUUUUGAUGAAAUGUCUGAUAGUGUGCAACCAGUUGAGCUUCCAGCAUGUGAAAUGGGUCGAUUGGAAGACAUCAGUGAAUUGGUAAACAGCUGCCUAGUUUCACCUGCAAGGAAAGAUAAACUAGCAGCGGCAUUGGAGAGCCAACAUUACAUUAAGAAACUUCUUAACUUGUUCCACAUGUGCGAAGACAUCGAAAACAUAGAAGGGUUACAUCAUCUAUAUGAGAUAUUUAAAAGUAUAUUUCUCCUCAACAAAAACACACUUUUUGACACAAUGUUUGCAGAUGAUACUAUUUUUGAUGUUGUUGGUUGCUUAGAAUAUGACCCUGGUUUGCCUCAACCAAAAAAACACAGGGAAUAUUUAAAGGAACUAGCCAAAUUCCGUGAGGCUAUACCUAUAAAAAAUAAGGAUUUGUUAGCAAAAAUUCACCAAACCUAUAGAGUACAAUACAUUCAGGAUAUUGUUCUUCCGACACCCACAGUCUUUGAGGAUAAUUUGCUAAGCACAUUGUCCAGUUUUAUAUUUUUUAAUAAGGUAGAAAUAGUGAAACUUAUAGAGGAAGAUGAGAAGUUCUUGACGGAUUUAUUUAAGUUGCUAAUGGAUGAUAAGACGCCUGACAACAAAGAUGCCUUUUAUAAGACAUUAGUUUCAUUGGGUAUACUGCCAGCUCUAGAGAUAACUUUAAGUAUAGAUGAUCAGAAAACGAAGACUGCAUCUAUAGAUAUACUGACAUAUAUUGUGGAGUUUUCACCAUCGGUUGUAAGAGACUAUACAUUACAGCAAGCUAACAAUACUGAGGAGGAACAAAUGUUACUGAAUAUUGUCAUAGAACAAAUGUUGAGGGACCAAGACCCUGAACUAGGUGGUGCGGUGCAGUUAAUGGGUGUGUUACGUAUUUUACUCGACCCUGAAAGCAUGUUGGCAUCGGUCAAUAAAAGUGAGAAGGUGGAUUUCCUCAAUUUCUUCUACAAACACAGUAUACAAACCCUUAUAGCACCCUUAUUGGAAAAUACAACAGGUGAGAAACCAUUGAAGGAGGAUUAUCACACUGUGCAGCUUUUGGGACUUGUACUUGAACUACUUUCAUUUUGUGUUGAACAUCACACAUACCACAUAAAAACUUGUAUAUUAAACAAGGAUCUUUUGCGGCGCAUUUUGGUUCUCAUGAGGUGUACACAUACAUUCUUAGUUCUCGGAGCUCUAAGGUUUAUGAGGAAAAUUAUUGCUCUUAAAGAUGAGUACUAUAACAGAUAUAUAAUAAAGGGAAAUCUCUUUGCACCGGUUGUUGAUGCUUUUCUUAGAAAUAAUGGCAGGUACAACUUAUUAGAUUCUGCGAUAUUAGAGUUAUUUGAAUUCAUUAAGUUAGAAGACAUUAAGUCGCUGUGUUCACAUGUUGUGGAAAACUAUGGGAAGAUCUUAGAGGAUGUGGAGUAUGUACAAACGUUCAAGGCUUUAAAGACGCGCUACGACCAACACCAGGACAAACUUAAGGAACGGGAUCGAGUGAGCGGUAGUGUCGCUGUAGCGGAGGCGGUCGUACCGUCUCUACUGCGGACGAGAUACCGCCGCGAGGCUCGCCAGCCUGAUGAUGAAGAAGAGAUGUGGUUCAACGACGACGAUGAACUAGAAGACGACGCGCCCCUCGACGCCGCUGCAACACACGCGACCGCGCACCACGCGCUUGACGCUAUAGGCAAGAUAGUGGAAAAGAAAGUAUGUUCGAGUACGGAGACAGUGAACGGUCCUAGCAGGGUGUUGCUCAGCACAUCUCCCAAGCCUGUACACACCGACGUUCAGGUAUCCACGCCCAGAUUACUCAAUAAGGGCCUGGUUGACUACGAUGGUGAUUCAGACGAAGAGGAUGAAGGCGGUACAUCCGCUCACACUCCUGGCGAAGAACGUGACGCCAAGCGGCCGCGGCUCGCCAGUGAUAAUUUCCACUAUGUAUAUAGUGUACCACAAUAA